GUUCACGUGACGCUGUUUCACAGAAUCGAGAUCUGCGGCAAUACAGUGUACGUGAACAAUCUCUAAAAACCGUUUCGCAUAUUUCUUUUCUUUAUAGCUUUCGGUAUUGGUUGCAGACUUCAUAAUCAACGCUGCAGUUUGCGGGAUCGAGCUUAUGCUGCUACUGUGCCUCUACGGCUACAGCAUGGCGUUGGCUGCAAGCGACCAACGGUGGUCAGGUCUGCACCGGAGUUUAUCAGAAAAUUCCCUGCCACCGGAUGCCAUGAAACAUAAGUCAUGCAUGCGCCCACUGAAGCCUGUACUAAUGCCACCACCAUCACUGCCAACACCUGCGCAACAACCGCCACAAGAACCACCAGGGACAACACCACAACGACCAGUUACAGCGCCAGCACCACCAGAAAAAACACCAGCAACAUCAGCACCACCAGUACAACCGAAGCGGUCGUCAGCAGCCGUUAAAGACAAAAUAGGCAGAAGGAGGCACGGCAGGCACGAUGGCAAGCAUAAGAGUCGUAAGCUCAAGCCUAGUAGUGUGGUGCAACGUUCUCCGCCUCCCGUGAGGAGGACCGUUACGAGAAUCAAGGCCGGCUUCCAGUACAUACGCCGACGGUCUGCGCAGCUUGGGCGCACUCCCAUCAUGGGCCCAGUUGUAAAGAUCGGGAGGUUUCUGGGCUCUCCGACUCAAAGGGCCUCGCCAACGCGUGAGGACGCACCUCAUGGUGGGCGGAAAUCGACCGAAGCGCUGACGCAGGGAACCGUGCCGACGAGCACGUCAGCCGGGAGAGAGCAGUUCUUCAAAACGCCGUAUUUGGAUUUGCACGCUAAAUUCGAAACCGCGCCCGACGCGGUGGCACGUGACGAUAGAGCUGAAGCGUCAGUAGCAGCUGAAAGAAUGACUAGAGGAAUAGCUACGCAUGCACCAGUGCGCGAACUGGUAAAGGAAUCCAAGCCCUCUGAAUCAGUGGGAAGAGCUCAGCUCUCCAAGACACGGGAUUUGAAUCUCAAAGCCACGUUCGAAGAUGUGCAGCCGGCCUUUCUGGUCGGCGCGCAACGCGGAGUCACGCCAGCCACGCCAACGAAGUGGCAGAAGCAGCAGGUAAUAAGGCACGAGCAGAUACAAGAACCAACGCGAAGAACCUCGGAACCGGGACAAUUGGCAAGGCAAGGUGCAAUGGCCAGGCAAGAACAAGCGCGUGGCCAGAAAUCCGAUGAAGAAGAGUUAAAGCCAUAUGUGCAAAUACGGGCGGUAUUCGAACCCUUACUGCGCGAAAAACAUCCCGAAAAUGUGGCAAGUGCUGCCACAGCCAGAGGGGGGCCCGUGCAGACCGGUACAAUGCGUUUGCGAUCACCCUAUGUGCAUGGAAUCGUCGCGCAAGUCGAGAGACAGUUGCAACAACAGAUGCAGUCUCCCCAUUUCGUAAACAUUACGGCGGGAAUACAUAGACCCGGUGCACCGGAGCAGAGGCGGGCGGGAUUCUACUGCCUGCAUCCACCCCCUAGUGGUGCCAGAAUGGCGGUAGGCUCGUUGCCACCGCUUCCGCCACUUUCCGAUGAAGCACACGGUUCUGUGUGCGUCGCACCGACGAGAGCGACCACCUGCCGUCCCCAGCCAGAAGUAAUGCUACCACCGCAUUUGCCGCAAGCACGAACUGCGGGAACAGCGCGGCAGGAAACCCUGGGAAGAUCGACAGAGGACAGAGAUGGGCAGCACAAGCUAGCGCCGCGGCUUGACCCUCGAUUAAAGGCGCUGCAGUCGGUGCUCAUAAAAGCCAACUUCACUCCCCGUGUGCCGGACAAAACGGUACCAGCAGCGCAGGACGGCCCCGCCGUGCUACCCUCAACAGGAGGACCCUUCCGAGGGAUUGCCGAUAAUUCUCCGCCGUCGUCACCUCCACCGCCGUCGGUGCCACCACCGCCACCUCCGCUACCACCGCCACCGUCAAAUCCGCGCCGAAGGAUUGAACCGUUCUUUUUCCAGUUUGCCGGUUCGGUCGGAACGGAUGACGUGCCGACGUGUGUAAUUAGAGGAGGCAUCACGCAAUCUCUCCCAAGGCUGGUGGACAAAAAACCACAGCAGCCCCAACACUCCGCCAGCGCUGUAUAUCUGGGGAAACCAGCGGAUGAGUUGCCAAAAUCUGUAGAAGGUCUGCCGGAAGAUGCAAAUGACUUGCCGAAAGCUCCACAAGAGCUGCCGAAAAUUCCACCUGAGCUAACACCAACUCUACAAACUCAAGCUGGAGCAGACUCACCGGAGGCUCCCCCGGCACCAUCGGUUACUCCGGCGAACUUUUCUAAACAUGAAAAGAUCUGGAGAAAACACCGAUAG